AUGGAACGACAUGAGCGGUAUUUGGGCCUGCCUACGUUUAUGGGUAAGAAUAAACUUCAAACUUUUGCUUAUAUCAAAGAACGAGUCCACAAGAGGUUGAGUGGGUGGAAAGGGAAGCGCUUAAGGGGAGUGAGACGUGAAUUGCUUGUGAAAGUGGAGGCUCAGGUAUUGCCUACAUAUGCUAUGAAUUGUUUUCUACUUCCGAAGACUUUUUGUGAUGAGUUACAUCAAUUAAUGGCUCCGUUUUGGUGGGACAGUGAUCCAGACUCGAGGAAGAUUCAUUGGAAAUCAAGGGAUAAGUUGUGCAUUGCUAAAUUGGAAGGUGGUAUGGGGUUCCGAAAUCUUUAUGCUUUUAAUUUGGCGGUACUGGCAAAACAAGGUUGGCGAAUUGUCCAACAUCCAGAGUCCUUAAUGGCAAGGUUAUUUAAGGCCAAGGAUUUCCCCAAUACUUCCUUGCCUUCGCCUUCUUCCUAUUGUUGGUCUAGCAUACUCAAAGCUAGAGUGGUGUUAAAGAAGGGCUUGAGAUGGCUGAUUGGGGAUGAAGCUUCGGUGCGGGUUUGGAGGGAUAGGUGGCUACCGCGACCCUCGACCUUUCAUCCCCUAACAAUGCUGCCUCCAUCUCAGGAGGAUAUAAGGGUUUAUGAGCUCAUUGAUGUAGAAAGGAAAACGUGGUGUGACGCUAAGUUGAUUGAGUUUUUUUAG